AUGUCGAAACAGAUAGAGACAGCGUCGACGAAGCCGAUACCGGAGGCGGGGUCGGUGACGGGUCUCCCGCCACCCAAGAAGCCACCGUAUCCAUUCUGGCUGGGCGGUGUGGCAGCGACGAUAGCAGCAUCGAUCACGCACCCGCUGGAUCUGACGAAAGUGCGCUUACAAGCCUCUGGAGAUAAGCGCAUGAUAGAGUCGAUCCGAAAGACAGUCAGAACUGCAGGUGCGCGUGGGCUUUUCGACGGUAUCUCUGGAACAUGGAUGCGACAAAUGAGUUACUCGCUCUGUCGGUUCUGGGCAUACGAUGAGAGCAAGAAGUUGAUCGGUGCAGGGAAGGACUCGCCUGCAUGGAAACUAGCAGCCGCCGGAUCAAUGGCCGGCGGUAUCGCGGGACUCGUCGGUAACCCUGGUGAAAUCAUCAUGGUGCGCAUGCAGGCGGACAUGGCGAAGCCGCCAGAGAAGAGGCUUAAUUACAAGCACUGUUUCGAUGGUUUAUUCCGCAUGGUCCGAGAAGAGGGUGUCUCCUCGUUAGCACGAGGGAUGGGCCCGAACGUAUUCAGGGCUAUCCUCAUGAACGCGAGUCAACUUGCGUCAUAUGACUUCUUCAAGGCUGAACUGCUGAAGACUGGGUAUUUUGAUGACAAUAUCUAUUGUCACUUCACGGCUAGUUUCGGUGCUGGCACUGUGGCUACUACAGUCUGUUCACCCGCUGACGUAUUGAAGAGCCGCAUCAUGAAUGCUUCUGGACCGGGUUCAUCAUCGACAAUGGCCGCCAUACGAACCGCAAUCGCGACCGAGGGCCCGAUGUUCAUGUUCAAAGGCUGGGUGCCCGCUUGGACGAGGCUGCAGCCCACGACCAUCCUCAUCUUCCUGACGCUCGAGCAGCUGAAGAACUUGGUGGACUUCACCAGGAAGCUGAGGGGCGUCCCCGGGUAUGACUAGUUACUGAACUGGCUUCCGGAAGAUACCCACCCUCACUCCUUAAACCCCCACCCCAAUUGGAAUUACGCUUCUUCAUCCGGGACGAAAUGCUUUGUAUUACUAGAUGUGUAUUCUUGUAUGGGCGUAUCCCUCUGCUCUCGACGCGUGUGGUAAUGUAGUAUAUGAUCCGUGUAACCUUCUGGCGCCCGGGUCAUCGAAAGGCAGG